AUGACCAACAAGAGAAAGGCAACCACUUCAGCAUCGAACGCAGGAGGCCCAGCCAAGAAGACUCGCGCCGCCCGAGCAAGCACAUUGGAGGUCAUACCCAGCAACAAGCUAUCGUGGACGAAAUGUGCAACGGCGGAAGGGGUCAAAGAUACCUCUAUCAACGAUCUGACAACACUGAAUUCCGGGUCCCGAGUUACUGACGCACAGUUUCUCACUUUUCGAGUCAUCUGGCCGGGUAGGAAAGGCAUGGAGGCUUUGAAAAUCCCAAAUGAAGAAAAGGCAGAUGAAAUCAUCGAAGCUAUGAACCCCUGGUGGCAGCGCUACAUUAAGCACAUGAAGGAUGGCAAGCUAACCUCUCCAUCGAUCCAAUUAGGUACCUUCCAAACGGUCAGAAGUAACCAGCAGAAGGUGGAAAAUGCGUUACCGAAGGCGUCGUCAGAGUCUGAAUCUCAAUCGACGACAAGCGAAACCCCCGCAGAAACGGACUCGCGGUCGACUUCUCCAAGCCAGCUGAGACAGAGAACUCCCGCAGCAGACAGUUUCGAUCCUGAGAAACAGUGGAUAAAAACGAAGGACGAGCAGAUUGUCAACGACGCCAUCAUAUCCUACCUCGACGUCCUCACACUCAAUAUACCUGGGUUGGGAAGUCUUUGUUCCUCGGAACGCCUCCGCCUCUUAUUCGAAUUCAAGGCCGCUCAAAUGGAGGCUCGAACGGGCGGUUUUUUAGGCAUACGCGGCAAAGACGAAUCAAAGGAGGCCUUUGCCACUAUAGAGGCCAAAGCAGCGAUUCGCCAGCGGUCCAACCAUCACCACGGUGUUUACAAGGAGGAGUCCGCCCAAACAGUUCUCCUGAUCGCACAAGACUCGAAGAACGGGCGAUUUACGACAUUACCACGUUUACAAAGCGCUCAUAAACACCAAAGACUACCCAGAUCCCAGGAUAGGCACGAGAUAUUCAUCGUAAUCGCUUCAUAUGACGACGACUAUGUUCGUUAUCUCAAGAAGGAAGACCCGCAAACACCUAGCUUCAUGGUGAUGCAAGAAUAUGGUCCGUUUAUCAUUGGUGAGUAUACCAAUAUGCAAUACCUCGCACAGUUCAUCGUCGGGUUUUGCCUUGAGGUGAACGAGCGAAUUUCGAUGGCAUGUCCCAAAGUGAUCAUCGAUAACCACCCCUAA